AUGUCGGCGCUUGGGAGUCCGUUACCAGCAUGCGGCUCCUACUUCGCAUCUCCAGUGCUCGAGCUGAGUGCCGAUUGGCGUACUCCAGCGAGGCCCUGCCGAGGUGUUCGACACGUGGCAUACUCUGCUCGCGGUACGGAGUAUCUCUCACCCGCCGAUUGCCUUCACUCUAAGAGUGUUGCCGUACAGCGGCCGCGACCCCUUCGACCCCAGUCCCCUACGGUGGUACCCCGAGGCUCUGAUGAGAAUCGAGACACCAACAACGUGGCCUCGAGCACACUAUUCCCUCCGAGACCUCCUUCUCACAGACGCCGGUCCUUGGUGCCACUUUUCGCGGCUAGCAAUGUAGCUCCUCAUUUCCGGAUCCGUACAUCCAUCGCAUCAUCAAUCGAAAUGUCCCCUCCAACCAAGCCUAUAGCUCGCCGGCUCUCCGUGUUGUGCUGUACUCCUAACCCGACUACGCCAUUGCCCACUGCUGUGGACCAAGCAGAAGUUGAUUCAGUAACUGCCAGUAUCGUUGCUCAACUGGACAACCUAAGACUGCAUACUGGCAGAGAUCAGCCGCCUCGGACACUUCCUGUGAUCCCACGAUACGGCAAGAAGCCUCUGAGGCGUGAAUCGGCGAAUCUCCGACGUUUAUGACCCCUGAGGAUUGGUUGUUCUUUAAGUUUUAUAUAAUGAGAAAUAUCACGAUACCUUUCUUUCGAGCCAUACUGGCUUGUGCGGAGUCCCUCUGCGUGGUUACUGACGUGUUUGUUAUGACGAACGGUAGCAACACCGUGUAGAGUUUACACUGACUGCGUUGACAUAUCUUGGCUGUACAUAGCCUCCCUUCACGUUCAUACGGAUGGUAUAUUUCACAUCAUGUGAAUGUAUCCUCACCCUGGUACAGUAAUGUUCAUUGGUACUAUUGAACCAUACUCUCAUCAUUAUCAUAGCUGCUCCCCCUUCUAGUGCUUUUUAGUACUAGAAGCAAUAGUAGUGAAUGCAUGAGCAUGUGAGCGUAUAA